ACACACACACACACACACACGCAAGGGGGCCCCCUUCGCCGCACCUUCGACCAAUGUUCCAGCGGGCGGCCGUCAUUCGUCCAGGACGCCCACUGGGCCUCCUCCUGGCCUUACUGAUGCAUAGCCUCCUCUGGUGGGCUGGCCGCUGCAGUGACACCGUGCCCCGCGCCGCGGACUUGGUGUACUUGCGCGCGCCGGCCCAGCUGGCUCCCCUGUCCGGGCUGGUGUUCGAGCAGCUUCGCCUCCCGGGACUGAGCCAUGCCCGGCGCACGGACCCCAUCGACCUGACCAGCGAUGUUUUCCUGCAGGAUGGUACCAACAUGACCGCGCAUUCGGAGCAUCGCAUAGGGGCCGCAUUUUCCGGCCGAUCGCCAGUGCUCAUUGGCCAGCGCCCGAUGCCCACCCCGCACGAUUACCAAUUGAUCUUCCCCCAGACUACCACCGAUCGCAUGGACGUGGUGGCCUUUUCCCCGGGCCGGGUGCGCAUCCUGUCGCCCAACCACACGCAGGAUUACCAGGACCCCCUGCUGACCGGGGUCCUGGCCAGCUUGCACCUGCCCGGACACCGGCAAACCGCCCUGAUGAUGGCCCGAUUCGAGUACUACUGGGCCCAUCUCCUUCUCGAUGGCAAUGCCGGCAUCCUCACCGGAGCCGAUCGGGAUCUCUGGGCCGACGAGCAAUUUAUCAGCUCCACCGGGCUCGGGCCGGCCUUUCACGCCUCCUGCGAUUGGGAGUACGCCACCGUGCGGGCCCAUGACGCCGAGCAAGUCCACUUUUAUUCGGACCUCGGUCGGAAAACCACGCAGGCACUGGCCACGCGCUUGUAUUCCACGGCCCCGGACCAGGAGGACGUCAUCCACCUGAAGACCGACUCCACGGUGCACGUGUGUCUGGGCUUCCGCCCGGAGCCGGAUCGCGAGACCUAUGCCUGCUCCCUGGGCGAGAUCCACUUCAGCCUCCAUUACAUGGCCUCCGAGAAAGUCCGCUUUAUCAAUCCCCCCUCACUGGGCAUGCCGGCUCCCAUGGACCACCUGCUGCUCUGGGACUACAGCUACUUCCAGCUUGUUCGCAUCAACUUGGACUUCACCCAAAUGCAAGCCACCCACUUCCAAGUGAUCACCCUUCCCCCCACGACAUCCCCCCAGCUGCAAGAAGCUCCCAGUGUAUUGGCCUUCCCGGGCCCGGAUGGAUCCAUCGCCUGGCGUCUGGUCGUUGGCGAUCGGAUUUUCUUCCACCCCGCCGACUUCCAAUGUCACCAGGACACCUCGAUCCUUUGUGCCGAGCGCCCGAACGAAGUGGACUCCCAAAUGGGCUGGCGCUGCGCCCCCGGUCGCUUGUACACGCCGCUCGGCGAUAGCCGGCUCCUGUGCGGUGCCUGUGCCGACGGGCACACCACGGCCUCGCGGCCGCUCGCCGAAGCCCCCCCCUCCCCCUCCCACAAACAGCCAAUGUUCACAUUCUCUGCCCCCUGACCGCCUCCCUCGCGCCCCCUCCGGCUGCCCGAACCCUACUUCCACGAUGCCCACAGGUCACUGCGAGCCCUGCCCCGUCGGCGGCUGCCGGGUGUGCUCCGGCGAGCAAUGCCUCGUCUGCGAAUGGCCACUCAUGCAAGUUGUCGAUGCGCACACGGGCAUUCCCUCCUGCCAGCAAGCUUGCCCCAGCGACACGAUAGCUGCCAAUGGUCUCUGCCUCCCGGCGGUGGAAAUCAUCCGCCUGGAUCUUGACUGGCGUCCGGUGGCCGUGGACCUGGGCCACCUCUCGCCGCCGGCCACCAUCUUGGCCGUGGCCAGCUCUCGCAUGGUGCCCACCGACACCGGGCGGCUGAUGCUCCAGGCAGCCGCCUCGGCCGUCCAGGCCCAGGCACUGCUGUUUGGCGCGCCGGGCCAGGUGCUGGCUCUCGUGCCCGGCCCUGCCGAUGCAUCCCAUCACGUCCUCGAUGUCCUGGGCUUCCCCUCCUCCGGGCAGGUGGUGGCCAUGGUCGAGGUGGCCCUGCCGCCGGCGAAAAAUGCCUGGCCGGCCCUGGGCCUGGUCCUGUGCCAUGCAGAUGGCCUGGUGCUGGGCCUGGUGGCUCGCUGUCGGUCGACCUCCCCCCCGGCGGCCGGUGGCCUGUGCCCGGCCUCCUUCGAAACCCUGUACACCGGGCAGCUGGCCGGGUGCAGUGCCAUGCAAGCCUCCAGCCGGGCCGUCAGCCUCCAGCACCACGGCCAGUCGGAGGGUCUGCUGCUGGAGUUCGAUCCAACCGGCGAGACCCUGCGCACCGUGGCCUUCGCCAACAGUGCUGCUCACCCGGCGCACCUGGCCCGCUCGGACCCGGCCAUCGGGCGACUGCUGCUUGUCGACGGAGCCGGCCACACUCGCAUCCAGCCGGACACUUUGACAUCGGAGGAUGGCCGCCUGGCCGGUUUGUUGGAGGCCCGCGCCGGGCCGGCACUCCCCGGCGACCAUAUCGGCCUCCAGGCAGUCACACUGCCCGUUCACCCGGCCGCCGGGUCCUCGGACCAGGUCUUCUUCAGCUACCUACUCCCGGCUCCCGAUGGCCACCUUGCCUGGCGCAUUGAGCAUCUGCCCGAGGGGCUCCUGCCCCAUGGCCGGACUGUCGGCCUGCCCGGCAAUACCCGGGACUUGGCCCGCCUUCCGGCCGAUUGGUUUGAUCUCAACGCCCCGGAGCGGCUGGCCCUGCGGCUGCUGGUGGUCCGGCUCCCCAGCACCGACUAUCCCAGUGCCCUGGUCCUGGUCAGCCAAGGCGGCAUGGCCGCGGCCCCGCUCUAUUGCCACCCGGCCAGUGGUCUUUGCUGGCUCCAGCCGGCCCGCAUGCUGGCCAUCCCCCCCGGCACCGGGCCCGGGUCCCUGGAGGGGCUGACCGUGGCGCCGGUGCCCGGCCCCGGGGCCGCCACCGACGGCCUGUCGCUGCUGCUCCUCGACCAAAGCAGUCACCUAUGGAGCCUGGACAUCGCACUGGUCCCCUGUCCGGACGGGUCCUUCCCCGCCCUGUCGGCCUGCCAAAAGUGCCACCCUGCCUGCUUCACAUGCAAGGGGGCCCAACCAAACAUGUGCACCGCGUGCCAUGCGGACAGGCUCCUCUCCACUGCCGGACGAUGUGUCGAGUCCUGCCCCCCCGGGGAGUAUAACCCAACCGGGGAGCCCGUUUGUCAUGCUUGUCACGCCACAUGCGUCGAGUGUUCCGGCCCGGCCGGCAACAACUGCACCGCAUGCCCGCAGCCGAUGGUGCUCUUCCGCGACACCUGUGUCUCCUUCUGCCCGUCCCCCUCGCAGCUGUGCCAGCCGGCCGCCGAGUGCAUCGAAUGCGCGCCGCACUGUGCCGAAUGCCUCGUCCGCCCACUCGACGCCGCCCAGACAUGCACCGAUGAGUGCACCUCCUGCCAGGAGGGAUACCUCCUGGCAAAUGCCGGCAAGCUAUGUGUGGCGGCCUGCCCCUCCGGAACCUUCCCCGAUUGGCCGGCCGAUCAUGGCCCGGUGCCCAGCUGCCUGCCCUGUUACGCCGGCUGCCGGGGCGAGUGCACCGGACCGGACCCGGCGCACUGCCUCGCCACAGGCAAGCAGGUGGAUGCCGCCGUGGCCGUGGGCCUUGGACUGACCCUGGCAUUCUUGGUGCUUGGCAUGCUGGCCUGGUUUGUGUACCGCCACGUGUGGCUGCCACGCAGGCAGGCCGGCAUCUUUGGCCCAUCGUACGAUGCCAAAUUAGCCGAGCCCAUGUCCGGCGGCGCGGCCGACGACAUGGCGGCCGCCGCUGACGACCGGAGUGAACCGCUGUUGAAGGAGGAGAUCUACCUUUGACGACAUGCCCAGGGCCGGGUCUUCGCACGGGGAUGCCGCACAUGGGUGUCGUAAGCUGUGCUCGUCGCCCGGGGCCGCGAACCUCUUCCUUUUUUUUUCCACCCCCACCGCCAGGCACCUCGAGCGAAUACACCGACCGCGGGUCGUCCCCCCGGGCAAGGUUCCCAAUA